CAGAAGUGAAGCAGCGAGCAGAAUCCAAUUCUCCCAUUGCCGGGAAGGAAGAGCAGAGGCAUAGCAGAGCAGAUCCCAGAUCGCUGGCAUUUCAGCUCCGGACUAGCUGUCUCUUUCUCGUAAUUUCUUUAGAAAUUUGUGGAGAAUUUUUGGCAUCCAUGAAAUCUCUGACAAAUCUUUGAAGGUUGCCUACCACAUGCUGAGAAUUUAAAGCAAAGGUCUGAGUGUCUCUCCAAAUCCGGUAACAAAAGAAAAUAGAGAAGAACAACAAACGUGAGAGUAUGUGAAGUGAGCCUACUCUCCUUCACCUUCUCCUUCUUCUGCAUCUUCUCCUCCUUCUUCUUGGUAGAGAGAGGGGAAGUAAGAGAAAUGAAGAUACUGAAGCUGGGUUUGUUGCUCGCCCUUGCCUCUGGGGUCGUCGCCCUCCUCAUCUAUAUCGUCGGCGUCUCCUCCCUCUACCAAUUCCCUAGGCUCUCAGAUGAAGAUUUCGAAGCUUUGCAAUCUCUGCAGAGCAGUUUCCAGAAGUGCGUGAGUGCAAAUGGGUUGGGUUUACAAGCUUCUUCCGGGAAGGAUGUUUGCCAAGUCACUAUCAACUUUCCCAGCAACACUGUCUCUAAAUGGAAAGAUCCUAAAACUGGAGAACUUGAAGGUCUGUCCUUUGAUUUCAAUCUCUGUGAAGCUGUAGCCACAUGGGAACAGGUAAGAAACAGCACCACAAUACUGACCAAGGAAUUCAUUGAUGCUCUACCAAAUGGAUGGGAGGACUAUGCCUGGCGCCGCAUUAACAAAGGGAUACUCCUCAACAAUUGCAAGAACAGGACUUUAUGCAUGGAGAAACUCUCUUUGGUCCUUCCUGAAAUACCGCCAUAUUAUCCACGACAAUUUGACCGCUGUGCUGUCAUAGGCAAUUCAGGAGAUCUUUUGAAAACAAAGUUUGGGAAGGAGAUAGAUGGCUAUGAUGUCGUUAUCAGAGAAAAUGGUGCCCCUAUCCAGAACUAUACAGAUUUUGUAGGGAGGAAAAGUACAUUCCGCCUCCUCAAUAGGGGAUCCGCAAAAGCUUUAGAUAAAGUUGUGGAACUAGAUGAAACAAGGAAGGAGGUCCUCAUUGUCAAAACAACCAUACAUGACAUCAUGAACAAGAUGAUACGGGAAAUUCCAAUAAAGAAUCCUGUAUAUCUUAUGUUAGGUACAUCCUUUGGAUCAGCAGCCAAAGGAACUGGGCUGAAGGCUCUAGAAUUUGCUCUUUCGAUUUGUGAAUCGGUUGAUAUGUAUGGCUUCACUGUGGAUCCUGGCUAUAAGGAAUGGACUAGAUACUUUUCAGAAUCUCGGAAAGGUCAUACACCUCUACAUGGAAGGACUUAUUACCAGAUGAUGGAGUGUUUGGGGCUUAUCAAAAUACAUUCUCCAAUGCGAGCUGAUCUGAACCGGGUUGUGAAGUGGUUGCCAAGCCGGGAAACGAUAAGAGCCGCCAGAGUGGCAUCAGAGAAAAUACUGAGGAGAGUAGGAGCAGCAUCAGCAGAUCCUCUCGGAGCAUGUGCAAUCAUCAAGAAGCAAGUGAAAAAGAGCUCCGUGUCUCUAUCAAGCCACAAAAGAGCAGUAAUUGAGCACCAAAGAUAUGUGAGAGGUGCAACCAUGUAUCCACUGGAGCGCAGUCCCGGACAUGGUCUCCUUUGCUCUGUCCCAGCUUGAGAUGAUCUCGAGGUUAGGAGUUGUCUUUGUCACUUUUGGAUCAGUUCCUUAGAGCACACCGACAAUAACCGGUGGAUGCUAUACUGGUGGAAGCUCUGGCUCUGGAUCUGCUCAAGAUUUUCUAGGGGACAACGACGAUUUUGUUAAGGCCUUGUGUGAUCUCCAGUUUCACAUCCUUGUAUCGUGUUCUUUCUUUUGUACUUUGGUUUUCCCCAUUCUGCCAAAAGGCAUUUAUAGAGUUUUACAACGGAAUAGUUUACCAAGUAUAUAAACGUUCGUUGCAGUGGCAUAUCUUUAUUUUGAUGAAGCUGCCCUGUUGAUGUCA